GGGUCAUUGACUUUCGAAUUUUGACAGCUGUUUGUCCAAAUUUAGAAAAAUAUGUCGAUAUUUUUCAGGUAAACCGCUGCAAAUAUAACAAUUUUGUGGAUAUAAAUAAUAUAAUAAGUUACUUUAAUGCCACUAACUGCACGACAACGAAGUAUUCACAAUAAAAAUGGGGCAAAAAGAUCGGCCAGUUUCACCAAAGGAAAAAGAUCGCGAAAGGCCAGCGAGGGAGAGUAUCUAUUCACAAAUGCUCCGUCCGAUCUACGCAGCAUAGCCUACCCUGGGGGAGCAGUUGCGCUGGGUCUGCUGUUGGUGGCCCGUCUAACAUCUGCCUAUUGGGGACAAAUAGCAGACUGUGACGAGACUUAUAAUUACUGGGAGCCAUUGCACUAUUUGGUGUAUGGAAAUGGCCUACAAACAUGGGAGUACAGUCCAGUGUACGCAAUACGCUCAUACAUGCCACUAUGGCUGUUUGCAGUGCCGGCCAAGAUACUGUCACUUGCUAUGACACCAGUUUCCGUAUUCUAUAGUCUUAGGGCCCUGCUUGCGGCGCUCACGGCCUGCGCUGAACUUAUGUUUUACAAGGCUGUAUGCCACGAGUUCGGUGUACACGUAGGUCGAGUUUGGCUCUGCCUCGCGCUGCCUGCCGCGGGAUGUUUCGCGGCCUCAGCGGCCAUGCUGCCGUCUGCGUGGAGCGGGACCCUAGUCUCUGCUGCCUUGGCUUGCUGGUGGCGAAAGAGAUACCCACUAGCUAUCAUACUGACAGCUGCGACUGUACUUCUCAGUUGGCCUUUCACAGCGCUUCUAGGCUUACCAAUAGCCAUAGACAUGCUGCUAAUCAAACGGCAGUAUAUAGACUUUAUCAAAUGGUCGAUAAUUUCGCUCGUCAUCAUUCUUGUACCGACCGUCGCGGUGGACUCGUGGCAUUAUGGCCGGCUAGUGGUCACCCCGUGGAACAUAGUGGCUUACAAUAUAUUCACGGAACACGGACCUGACUUGUAUGGGGUGGAACCGUGGACUUAUUAUUUUGUUAAUGGAUUUCUGAACUUCAAUAUUGUUUGGGUGCUAGCGCUGUCGUGUCCCCUACUACUGACCGCGUGCACGGCUAUCUCGUCUCGCUCGACUGCACGCGCGUCGUUCUGCGCGCCAUAUUGGCUGAGUCUCAUGCCUCUCGCGCUAUGGCUGGGAGUUUUUAUGGCGCAACCGCAUAAGGAGGAGAGGUUCCUGUACCCCGUAUACAGCAUGGUAGUACUAGCGGGCGCGAUAGCCCUAGACUGUCUGCAGAAGAUGACCUUCGCCGUGGGCACAGAACUGCUGCGCUGGCGCAAGGAGCGAGAGAGACGACACUAUCUCGUGUACACUGGCCCGCUCGUGGUCAUGUGCGUGCUAUUGGCUGGCGUUGCUAGUAUAUCUCGAACAACGGCCCUCUACAAUCACUACCACGGCCCAAUGAAGCUUCUUCGACACAUUCCCGACCAAACUGAUGGUCGAAGUGACCUUUAUGUAUGCUUCGGGAAGGAGUGGUACCGCUCCCCGUCCAGUUUCCACGUGCCGGACGUGUACCGGAUACGUUUCGUGGCCAGCGAGUUCACCGGACAACUGCCUGCGCCUUACGAUGACGGGCAUAAUGCUACCCGCAUAAUCCACCCAUACUUCAACGACCUAAACAAAGGCGACAACCAGACCUAUCUGAAACCAUCAGAAUGCCAUUACCUUAUCGACUCCGACAUCGGUACCCCAUCAAAACUGCAGCCCCCUUACCACAAGAACACAAAUGUAUGGGAAGUCAUCGCCUCGGUGCCUAUAUUAGAUGCGAAUAAAUCCCAUAGGAUAUUCAGAGCAUUCUAUGUACCGGUGCUGUCGAAUAAAAACGUUGUGUAUGCCAAUAUGUAUUUGUUGAGAAAUAAAAUUAUCUAAAUACUAGCUGAUGCCCGCGAAUUCGUUCGCGUGGAUGUAGGUUUUUUAAAAUUCCCGUGGGAACUCUUUAAUUUUCCGGGGUAAAAAGUAGCCUAUG